CACACAGAUGUAAACACAAGAGAGAACUUCCCUCUGAUGUGCCUCAUAUUUGCUAGAUCUUCAUUUCCAGAAAAGAACAGGGGAUCUGAAUUUCUAUUUUACUGAAUUGGAAACUGCAUGAUCUGACAAUGAGACAUUUUCUUUGGCUGUUGUUCUUUGAAGGUUUCUGGUGUUUAGAAAACCCACUGAAGAUAAGUCCCAAUUCCUUGGUGGCCUGGACAGGAUCCUGUGUCUUGAUUCCAUGUCAGAUUGAGGAAAGACUUAAUUCUAAGAAAAUUGUUGCCACCUCUGUGAUUUGGUAUUUUCAGCCUAAUUUGAAUAUGACUUUAUUUGACUAUGUUGGUAACAUUUUAUACAAUAAUUCCAGAAUCCCAAAUGAAGAGGCAAACCUACCAAGUCCUGACUUUCAGGGGCGGGUGAGGUUUGUAGGGGAUUUAAGCAAGGGAAAUUGCAACUUGAUGAUUACUCAGCUCCAGAAGAAAGACAAUGGUACAUAUGGGGUCAAAGUGACUGCAUCCGUGGAAAACCAGGCUUACCAACAGAUACUUUAUACUUCAGCUACACUGAAUGUUUCUGAUUCGUUUCCAAAACCCAAAUUGGAAAUCUUGAAAUGCCAAGAAAGGUGGGCACUACAAGUGGUCUGUUCUGUGCCUUCCCAUUGCCCAGAAGAUCCAAUAACAAUGAAUUUCAGAGGCCUAGAGAAGCAUUUGACUGCAGAAACCACAAUGAUAAAAGAUGGAGUACUGCAGAAGAUGGUAACCAUUCAACCAACUGGGAGACUUAGGAAGAAGCCACUUACCUGCCAACUGAGCAACAAGGACAACUCACAGAAAACAGCCAGUGAUCUGGAGCUAGAUAUGAAAAAUUGUCCCAAUGAUGUCCAGAUUUUUGUUGAAAGUGAUCUGCCCAUAAAGGAAGGAGAUAUUGUCACUUUGAACUGCUCUGUGGGUCGUAGUAUGUCUAGAACCAGUUGGUACAACUGGUGGAAGAUUGAUUCCCAUACAGCUCAUUAUAGAUACAGCAGUUCAAAGCUGUUGACCUUCCCUGCAAGUAUUGGACCAGUGACAUCUUACAAAUGUGAAGCAUGCAAUAUUUAUGGCUGCACUUCAUCUCCACUGGUCACGGUGGAUGUGUCCUUUGCUCCCAGGGAGGUCAACAUUUGCAAAAAUCCAGGAGGACAGAUAGAUGAAGGCAGUACUGUUGUGUUACACUGUGAAGUGGGUGAAGCAAACCCUGUGAAUUUCACUUACACUUGGUAUAAAGAUGGGGAAAAGAUUUUAUUGGAUUCUCCACAUUCAUACUUGGACCUCAUAAACAUAGAUCCAGCACAAUCUGGCAGCUACUGGUGUGAAGCCAGUAACAUUGUGGGCAGGACACCUUCUCCAACAAUUACACUUCAUAUUAUCUGUUUCCACUGUGAUGAAAAUCCACUAAGCAUAGUUCCUAAUUCUCUGGUUGCCUGGGAAAAAUCCUGCGUGGUGAUUCCAUGCCACAUCAACGAAAUGCUCAGUUCUAGAGCAGUCAAUGUCACAGCCAUAGUGUGGAAUUUUAAGCCUUUGGGGAGCAAUACUUGGAGGGAUGGUAAAACUGUCCUGUUGUACAACAGUUCUCAGACCUCUGGAACUAUCACAACCAUAUCAGAUGAUGCUUUAUCAAGCCGGACAUGGUUCAUUGGGAAUUUAACAAACAGAGAUUGUAGCUUGCUGAUCAGUCGGGUGCAAAUACUUGACAGCGGCACAUAUGAGGUCAAGGUGGCUGUUUCAGUUGACAAAUACCCAUGGCAAAUCAAGCGCUUUCUCACUGCCACGCUGAAUAUUGCAGAGUCACCUCCAGAGCCCACCCUGGAAACUAUUCCUGUGAACAUCCAGGAGAAGAAGACAACCCAAGUGAUAUGUUCAGUGCCUUACCAUUGUUCUCAUAAGACAGUCAGCUUGACCUUCAGUGGUUUAGGAGAGGGGCAUUUCCCACCACAAAGAAGGACAGUUGGAAAUGGAGUGAUUCAGACUGUGCUGAGUUUUGAACCAACAGGGGAGGACAAUGGGAAAAUGCUGAGCUGUGUGUUGCGGUCGGGGACAGAAGUGUUAUCUCAAAGCUCUGUGAAGUUGGAUGUGACAUAUGCUCCCAAGGACGUCCAGCUUGCUAUUUUAAAUGAUCUGCCCAUAAAGGAAGGAGAUACUAUUGUAAUGAACUGCUCUUUUGUCAGUAGUAAGCCCAAUGAUAAUUGGUACAACUGGUUUAGGUCAGAUCCCUCUAUGAUUGAAUCUAAAUACAGUGGUUCAAAUAUAUUGACCUUCCCUGCAACACUUGGAUCAUACAACACCUCUUAUGAAUGUGAAGUAUGCAACAGGAUUGGCUGCACUUCAUCUCCAGUAGUCCCACUGGAGGUCUUCUCUGCUCCCAAGAAGAUGAAAAUUCUGCAGAGGCCAGAAGGGCGGAUCCAUGAAUUUGCAUCUGUUAAUCUGAAAUGUGAAGUGGAAAUAGCAAAACCCAGGGAUCUGACUUUCAAAUGGUACAAAAAUGAGGAACUGCUGGAUUUCACAGGCGAGGUGCUGACCAUCUUGACAAUGAGUCUGGACCAUUCAGGCGUCUAUCACUGCGAAGCCAAAAACAGCAUGGGCAGCUCACGUUCCCCAGCUAUUAUGCUGCAUGUACUUCCUUCAAAGCAUUAACCUUUGGAGAACAGAAGGUUGGAUAAAGACUCUGAUGCGGAGGAUGAGCACGCUUGAUUGGAAGACUUGGAAGAAGGGAGGUGGAGAAGAGAGGAAAAGAAACAGAAUUCAUACACUUCUCUCAUGAAUCUGGAUUCUUCCACUUUACCUUCUGUGAUCAUUUUAGCUGUUGCUUUAUCUUAACAUAUUUUUAAAGAAAGAAGUCUUUAUAAUUUUUUAAAAAUAAAAAAAUAACCUUAUUCUAAAAAUCAGUGUUGGUAGG